AUGGCAACCUCCUCGGCGCCGAAGGUGCCUGUUUACUCUGUUAACGAUCUGAAAUCAACCACAGAUGAUGCCCUUGUCCCGUACUUGUGUACCCUUCCUCAACCGUAUACCUUCAAACAAGACCACUCUAAAUCCAAUGUCCGAUUCCUCCUUGGCUACAGCGCAGUCGCCAUCGCUGCAUUCACUUUCUACGCUGAUCGCAAACUUGGAUGGGAAGCAACUACCUCCCCAUGGGUUAUAGCAGCAGUGUGUUCAUACUUUAUCCUGAACACCGGCCUCACAUUCUGGAUUUGGGCUGUUGAAGCUGGCGAGGUUUUUCGCGGCAAGCGAAAGUCGGGUGAAACGAUUUCAAUUCGGUCUUCUGUGAAGAAACACUCCCCUCUCUACAAGCUCCGCGUACAGUACACGUCGCCCUCCAACAAGAUUCUCCAAGAAAAGGAGAUCGAAGCCCCAUUUAUGAACUGGUUUUCCGCGGACGGAACUUUCCACCCUGGACCACUGCGACGCUGGCUUUCCACCGAGAUUGAGGUGCUACGACUUGCGGCUAAGGAAACAGAGAGGAAAACUGGCGGGGUUGGAAGUGUUGUAGGAGUGCAGGAUACCAAUAACAAGAAGUGA